AACUACCAGUGAGAACAAAAGAACCAGUUCCUCCCCAUAACAGAGCCGAGAAGUCAGCUGGGCUGAAUUCAGGCAGGCACAACUUAUAUUAAUUUGAUUUCGGGGAUUUCAACGAAUACAAAAUACAAAUCGAAUCUAUUAAAAUGGAGGUGGAUGAAUUGAAAUAUUUCCGAGAUGAGCUGAAGCGCAAGCUAAGUGAUAAGAGGAACUUUCUCAUCGAGAGUGAUCGGGCGGUGGUCAUUAAAGCAGAUUUUCCCAAAUCGCAAUACCACUUUCGGGUGGUGGCCAAGGAUGAGUUCAGGGAUAUAACUAAGUUAACCGAAGAGCAGCUGCCCUUGCUGGAUCACAUGAUGGAUCUAGCAAAUCAAAUAAUCGAGAAGCAGGAGCACCUGGAGUCGCGUAACUUUCGCAUAGGUUUCAAAGUCAACACCUUCUGGAAUCGUCUAAAUCUACAUGUUAUUUCUGACGACUUUUAUUCCAUGGCCAUGAAGCGUCCAAAGCACUGGAAUAGUUUUAAUACGGAGCUAUUUAUGCCUUUUCAAAUGGUGCACAUGAUGCUCAGUGUGCAGGGAUCCAUUGAACCCAUUCCGGAAGAGAGGCACAAAGAGUUGCAGGAUCAGAAGCCAUUACGUUGCAACCAGUGCGAUUUUGUUACCGAUCUGCUGCUGGACCUAAAGGCUCACCUGUAUCAGCACUGGAUGCGUAAGGAAGGCGAGCGUGAGCAGAAGAAAAAAAUGGAUAAAAUAAUGGAAAUGAUAAAUGAGACUAAGCUGGAUGAGGUGGCUAAACCGGAGCCGCUUCCUGAAAAGCCAGUUCAAGUUCAGCCAGUGGCUGAUAUUGCCCGAAAUCCCAAUAAAAUUCCAAGAAGCCUCUUAACGCCACAACAACAGCAGGGCAAGCAGCAGGCCCAAGGUGGUUACGUCAAGUACGUGUACAGACCUCCAGUCAACAUGAUGAAUCAGAACAAUCCCAACAAUCCAUUCCGGAACACUCCGUCUCUUAAUAUACAAUCUCUGAAUCCGCGUCAACCCAAUAACUUUAAUUAUAGACACCCUGGUUUUGGGCCUCGUGGACCUAUGCCACUUCAAGGUCCAAGGGCUUCUUGGAGUGGUCCGCGCUUUCAGCCUAAUCAACAUCAGAACCGAUUCCGUUUUCCGAGAUCCAACGCGCCGCGUCAACCUAAUCGAAUGGCCCAGCCUGGCCCUCAGCAAUUUCCAAAAAAUGCACCGACAAGUGGUCAAGCUGGACCGCCAGGUCAGCAACAGGGAGUUAGACCAAAAUGGAAUCCAACACAUGCCUCCGAUUCUCAGCAUCCAAAUCAGAAAUCUAAGCCCCAAAACCGCCCGAAUGCCUUUCAUGCCAAGCAACAAUCUGAGAAUCAACAGACUAUCCAGCAUCCAAAUCAAAACAAGAAUCCCAAUCAAGUUAAAAGCCAAACACCUAAUAACCCACAAAAUCGAAAGAAGCCGUAUCAACAGAAAAAUCGGCAGCAAUCCGCGGGCAAUCAUCAGAAUCAAGGUGCUAAUAAUCCCGCACCUUCAACCUUCAAUUAAUUCCAACCAAGCUUAGGAUCAUUUAUCAUCCUAUUGAUACAAUUCCCACUACCGAACAGCAGUUGGUAAACUACCAGAAAGACUUUAGAUUCGGAAAAAACGAUCCCAAAUUGAUUUUUUGUAGGGAAUCAUGACUUUGGAUUUAAAAACUAACUCUUUCCUAGUAAAUGUGAAACAUUAAAAAAAACGGAAUCAAUUUAUACAUAUGUACAUAUAUGCAUUGCCAAACUAUAAAACUAUUUUUGUAAUCCUUGCAUAUGUCUGUUAAAAUAAAUUCGUAUUGAAACGCCAAAAAUCUGAUAUCUGAUUUAA